GCCUUACGGUUGAGAAAGCCGUAUUGAAAAGGGGAAAAAGAGAAAAGGGAAAGCAAUAAAAUGGAGGAGGAAAUGAGUGGCUAGGUCAACCUGCUCUUGUUUACUGAAGCAAAAGAGGAAUAAAUUGAAAUUGUCUUGGACAUGAAGAAACCUAGUCCAAGUAAGUAAAGUACUUAAAUCUACCCCCACUGCUAACAAACACACUCACUUACUUUGCCCCUCCAAACAUGAGAGGUUCCACUACCCUCCUCAGUUUCUUCCUUUUUUUCUUCACCAUUUUACUCACUCUUUUCUCCGCUCUUCCAAUCUCCGCAGACACCUUAACAUCAUCCCAGUUCCUCAGAACCAACCAAACCCUCGUGUCACUCAAUUCAAUUUUCGAACUGGGUUUCUUCUCCUACACCAAUUCCACCUGGUACUUGGGUAUAUGGUACAAAACCAUUCACGAUGACACAGAUAAAACAGUGGUUUGGGUAGCCAACAGAGACACCCCACUUGAGAAUUCCACUGGAUUUCUCAAAAUAGGCGACAAAGGAAACCUCGUCCUCUUCGAUCAAUCCCAGAAACCUGUUUGGUCCUCGAAUCAAACCACCGCAACUACCAUCAACCCAAUUCUUCAGCUUUUGGAUUCUGGAAACUUGGUUCUCAGAGAAGCAAACAACAAUGAUCCCACAAAGUUUCUUUGGCAAAGCUUCGAUUACCCAACAGAUACCCUUUUACCCGGGAUGAAGCUUGGAUGGAACUUCGACACAGGCAUGGAGAGACACAUAACCUCGUGGAGGGCCACAAGCCGAGACCCUUCAAGCGGAGAUUUUUCCUUCAAGCUAGAUUACCGUGGCCUCCCAGAGAUCUUCUUGUGGAACAAAGACGAGAGAAUCUAUAGAAGUGGACCUUGGAAUGGAGAGAGAUUCAGCGGGGUACCCGAGAUGCAUCCCGUUACAGAUUCCAUUAAAUUCUCGUUCUUUGUGGAUCAACACGAGGUGUACUACACAUUCUCAAUUGGGAAUCAAUCCUUGUUUUCGAGACUCUCUGUGAGUUCCGUUGGGGAACUCCAACGCCUCACGUGGAUACAAAGCAGCGAGGUUUGGAACAAGUUUUGGUAUGCACCGAAAGACCAAUGUGAUAACUACAAAGAGUGUGGUCCAUUCGGGAUCUGUGACACGAAUGCUUCACCGGUUUGCCAGUGUGUGAAAGGGUUCCGACCCAUGAACCAGCAAGCCUGGAAUUUGAGAGAUGGGUCUGAUGGGUGUGUAAGGAACACAGAAUUGGGGUGCGAGAGCGACAGGUUCUUGCAUCUGAAAGACGUGAAGUUGCCAGAGACAACCUCGGUGUUCGUGAAUAGGAGCAUGAGUUUAAUGGAAUGUGGGGAUUUGUGUCACGGGAAUUGUUCUUGCACUGCUUAUGCCAACAUUGAGGUCACUAAUGGAGGAACUGGUUGUGUUAUAUGGGUUGGGGAGCUCUUAGACAUGAGGCAGUACCCUGCAGGAGGCCAAGAUCUCUAUGUCAGAUUAGCAGCUUCUGAUGUAGAUGACAUAGGGUCUGAAGGAGGUUCUCACAAGGCGAUUGAUACAGCUAAAGCUGUUGGUAUCAUAGUUGGUGCUGCAGCUUUUAUGCUUUUGGCAGUGGGUCUCUUUAUCUUAUGGAAGAAGAGGAAAUUGCAUUGUAUAUUGAAAGGGAAGACAGAACACAGAGGUUUUCCGGAAAGAAGUCAAGAUUUGUUAAUGAGUGACGUGGUGUUUUCAAGUAAUAGAGAACAAUCAAGUGAAAGGAACUUGGAAGAUCUAGAGUUGCCAUUCUUUGAUUUUAAUACCAUAACAACGGCUACAAACAACUUCUCUGAAGAGAAUAAACUUGGACAAGGAGGCUUUGGAAGUGUUUACAAAGGCUGUUUGAUGGAAGGUCAAGAAAUUGCUGUGAAGAGAUUAUCAAAAAAUUCUGGGCAAGGCAUUGAAGAAUUCAAGAAUGAGGUCAAGUUGAUUGUCAAGCUUCAACAUCGGAAUCUUGUAAGACUACUUGGUUGCAGCAUUCAGAUGGAUGAGAAGAUGCUAGUGUACGAAUACAUGGAAAAUAGAAGCCUUGAUGCCACUUUGUUUGACAAAGCAAAAAGAUCAUCAUUGGAUUGGCAAAGGCGCUUCAACAUUAUAUGUGGAAUAGCAAGAGGGCUUCUUUAUCUGCACCAAGAUUCCAGAUUUAGGAUCAUCCAUAGGGAUCUCAAGGCAAGCAACAUUCUACUUGACAAAGAGAUGAACCCAAAGAUAUCAGACUUUGGGAUGGCAAGAAUUUUUGGCACGGAUCAGACAGAAGCAAAUACAGUUAGAGUGGUUGGUACAUAUGGCUAUAUGUCCCCUGAAUAUGCUAUGGAUGGAAUCUUCUCAGUUAAAUCCGAUGUUUUUAGUUUCGGGGUUCUUGUGCUGGAGAUCAUAAGUGGAAAAAAAAAUAGAGGGUUCUAUUAUGCAAACAAGGAAUUGAAUCUUCUAGGCCAUACAUGGAAGCUGUGGAAAGAAGGAAAUGCAUUGGAACUGAUAGAUUCGUCUAUUGACAAUUCAUAUUCACCAUCUGAUGUUCAUAGAUGCAUACAGGUUGGGCUCUUAUGUGUUCAAGAACGUGCAGAAGACAGACCAACAAUGUCUUCAGUGGUGUUGAUGCUGAGUAGUGAUACUGCAUCAAUGCCACAACCCAAAAAUCCUGGGUUUUGCUUAGGAAGAAAUCCUAUGGAAACUGAUACUUCUUCAAGUAAACAAGAUGAAUCAUGCACUGUGAACCAAGUCACAGUCACAAUGGUAGAUGCUAGGUAGUAAAAGAAUUAAUACCUCAUCUAUCACGAGUAUAUUUACAGAAUGUUCCAAAAAUUCUUUUAAGUAAUCCUUCAUCUAAUAGUUGUGAUACCUUUGAGAUCUAAUAUGAUCUUGUUUUGGUGUAAUAUAUUAGAGAUGCCUUCAGUAAAUUGUAAUCUAGAAGUUUGAGAUACUUGUUGUCUCUGACAUCCGGCUUCAAUAUACACACACAUGUUUUUUAUCCUUGUCUUGCUCUUUCAGGAAGAUCUCAUUGUUUAAAACUAAUAGGGAACAUAUUUAGGCUUUUUCUUUAGAUCAAGAUUUGUGUUUCCACCCUUCAUAAUUGGCACUAGCUUUUACAAUUUUGCAUGAGAAAAUUAGCCACAUAUGAAGGUAUUUGUAAGUAGGGUGUGAAGCCCAACCCAACCUAUUUCGUACGAGGCAUGUACAUGGAUGUUAUUUUAGUUGCACGACCAUGUUGAAGACCUCAUGUUGGAUAUUUAUGACUCAAAAUUGUGGUGAUUUGCAUGGGCCAACAAUUGU